AUGAAUUCAAUCUCUUCCAAUGUGCAAAAUUAAAACACUAUUAUACAUAAUACAAUCAGCUCAAACAAUUAAACUGCUAACUAAUAGAAUUCUAAAAGAAAAAAUAGUCUUAGCAAGUAAAAGAAUAUGUUUAAUACUGCAAAACAGUAGAAGAUAGGCUCAGCAACAACCAGAAGUUAGCGAAAGAAGUAAUAGGAACUGAUUCUAAACUAAUAAAGCAAGCAAAGUCAUGAAUUUUAGAUAGAGGAUGGAAGCUUAAGAGACAUUUCCAUAUCAAAUGAAGACAAGCCUUAUGAUCAAUAGUUAGACCUUUCAAAAAGCACUUGCAUAGAUAAAAUUACGCUUAACUUACAGAAGACUGAGCAAGCUCUUAAAGAUUACAAAGAUUGUUUGAAUCAAAAUGUGGGGAACAAUAGUUCUAAAUAGACUUUGAAAACUUCUGAGACCUCUUCAACUAAUUCCAUUGUUAACAACAAUAAUACAAGGGAGCUUUUCAAACCUGCUAUUUAAGCUUUGUUCUCCUAGAAUUCAAGUUUAGAAUACUUAGAUGGUUAUCAUGAUAAACAGAAGUAUUAGUAAUAUCAAGGCUAGUAGAAGGGAAACAUUAUUGAUAUAAGUACAAAUCACAACAGCAGCAUUGAGAAUGUCUCAAAUUAUGAUGAAAGAUUGGCUCUAAUGAAUAAUUAAUGUUUCCUUGGAACACACGCUUAGUCUAAAAUUAAGUUGAGUUUAAAUCUUAAUGAUUAGUAAGCCAAAAGCUCAAAAAGCCAAACUAGUGAGGACAGUAGUGAUACUUCUUCAGAGGAAGAUGACGAAGAAUUAAAUAGAAGAUAAGAGAAUGAUAAUGAAAUCAGAGUAAAUCGUAAAUUUGAUUUCCAAGAAUCUAAUUUAAGUGCAAAUCAAAGUUUUUCUGCAUCUAUGACAUCAGACUAGAGUUUGAAGAAAGGAUAGAAAACUUUUGAUUACAAGAAGUAUCUAUAAGGAGAGAACAAAGAGAAUCAAUUCUAAUAUAAUUCUCAAAAUGCUAACCUUAACCCUAAAGACCUAAUAAAAAACUUAAAAUACAUUUAGCCCAAACCUCAAGACUAGAGCAUUAAUCUAAUCAAUCAAUCUACUAAUUUAGAUAACUCUUUCAGGCAAUUGCUUGAGAACAAAUCUUCAAACAGCUAAGCUAUAGCUGGGGCAAUGAGAGCUCUACAAAGAAAGAUUAAACAACUUGAAUCUGAAAACUAAAUACUUAAGGAAUGCUUUUAAGGCAUUUAGAAGAAAUGUGUAGAUAUGGAGCAAACUCAUUAAGAUGAAAAGCAACAAACAAUGUAACUAUUUUAGCAAAAGUUGAGUCUGAUAAAUUCAGGUAGCAACUCUAUUAGAAAUAACUAGAAUGAAAAGACCAUUGAGAUUCAAGCUCCGUUACUUCAAGAAAUUGAGCAACUCUAGUAAUAACUAAAUGAUCUUACUCAAAACCAAAUUUCUCAAAGUGAAAUAAAGAAUAAAUAUAAAGCUAAGAAUUAUAAAUUAAAAGAUGAGCUUAAGAAUUUAAAACUCCAAAUGGAAUAGCAAGAAAAUAGAUUUAAGGAAUAGAAGCAAGAAUACCAAAAGGAAAGAUAGAUUGUUAUAUCUAAGAAUAGAGAUUUAGAAAACUAAAAUAAGGAGUUGCUUAUAUUGAUAUAAGAAAAGGAUCAAACGAUAACUGAUCUAAAAUAAAUUCAGGAACAGCAAAGUAAACUAUAGCCUAGCGAAGAAUAAAAGUAAAAGCUAUAAAAGUACAAAAAGCAUAUUAAGGAAUUAAGGAGGGAACUGAAGAUGCUUGAGAAAUCCCAUUUAGUCUCUUAAAAGGCAUUAAAGCAUACUGAGCAUUUUGUUGAUGAAAUAGUUCAUGUAAAUGAUAGGUUGGUACAUUCCCUCACCAGAAACAAGCAUAAGCUGAGAUCAAUGAGUGCAUCUUCUAAGAGAUUAUUGCCAAAUCAGUAGCUAUAUCACACUAAUUAGAUUUAAGAGAGGAAUAUAAUCAAUGACAGUAUGAGGAAUGAUAUCAGAUAAGCUUAUACUUAAGCUCACAAAGGUAUUACAAUGACUAACCACACACCAAAUAUGUACUCAAAUCAUUAGUAAAAUCUACUAAUGUCAGAUCAUAAAAAUAACGAAACUCUUAACAACAGGGAAAUCACUUACACUUAAGAUAAUUAAAAAGGAAGAGGGAGAGCUAAUUACUAGGUUACAACUAAUAAAGAUGAAAAAACUUAACAGCUUAUGAGUGCUCAAACUUCAAUAUAAAAACCACCAAGAUCCACUAGAAACCUACAAAGGUGCUUUAGCUUUCAAAAGACAUUGAAUAAUAUUGAAAGAGUAUAAAGAAGAGAGUAAAUCUCUAAAACUAGGGAUCAUAAUAAAGAUUAAAGCAACCCAUAUGAAAAUAGCAACAUUAAUAAUCAGUUAAUGCCCUCUUUAUCGAUGGAUAAUAGAUUAAUGAGUUAGUAGAUCUGUCAAGCCACUCAUAAAAAUACCAUGAUAUAAUACCAAAAGGCUUAACAUCAAUAAUCAUGUGAGACUAGUAGAUUUUAUGAUGAAGAAGUUAAUGAUUAUUCAUACGUAAUGUCAGUUGACAAUCAAAACAUAAAUAUGAAUAACUUUAAACGUGCUCAUGCUGAAUCAAUGAGUAACGCUAAAAGUCAAGCUAGUCGAAGGACUCAGAAAUAAGGAGCUAAUGUCUAUUAGAGCAGCAAAGAAUUUACACUGCAGCCAUAUGAAGAGAUGAUUAAUGAAGUGUCUGAUAAGAUUAGCUAAAUUGAAAAAGAUCUAGCUACAUUUGGAGGUUCUGAGGAAGUCAAUAAUGAAAGUGAUUAUUACAUUCAACAGAAGCAAGAAGAAUUGCUUCAACUGAGAUAACAUCACUAGAAUAUUGUGAAAGACAUUAAGAAAAAUAGUGCUAAUCUUAGAGGGGCUAUUCUUUGA